AUGAAUGUUUCUUCAUGUCUCCUUACCUCUCUGUUUGCCUUCGCAUAUUUGGCCGCUUCGGCGGCCACCGAGAGAUCUACCAAGUGCCGCCUGGCAGUCACCGAGGUUGGCGUUUGUCAAGUUUACAGAUGUGAGACGAUGAUACAUACAUGUAGGUACACAAAGAGACUGACAGACAGACAGACAAAGAGAGAGACCUUACAGACAACGCAAAUUGUCUGUGUGGGUUGUGUGUAUGCAGGUCGGUUCGGCCCCUGCUGGUGCUGGCGGCCCUGGGAAGACCUCCACUCCGACGCCUGCUCCCAUAUUUCGCACAUGCAUGCCUGAUGAAUCACUGUUUCUGUUUGCACAGGACUUUCCGGCCCUCCCUGGCGGCAAGACGGCAAAGAAGAACGACACCGCGCAGGUACACAACUGCUGAACACGUGAGCACACACAGCAGACACCCAUGUAGCAUAUGUGCCCCUCACUGCAGGACGACAAGGCGUUGGUCGAGCCGAGCUGGAAGACAAAGAUACCCGUGGGACGCACCAACAAGGUGCAAAGGAAAACAAAGACCUGUGCACAUCGGUGCAUGAUCGACACAGAGACAUUUGUGCAUUUUUGUCUAUGACCAGGUCCGUCCGCAGAAAAAGCACGUCCACCACCACCACCGCCACAACAACGACAAGGUGCGCAGAACAUCCUUCCCCACCCCCAACACAUGCCACACAUUGCCUGCAUAUGUAUCUCUGUUUGAAUCUCGUGUGUGUAGAACAUCGAGUGCUUCUGGUGCCAGCAGCGGGGCCACAAGAUACGCCAUUUCCCUGAGCUGCUGGCACUGCCCGCGGAUGUGCGGCGGGCAGUGCUGGGCUGA